CCACCAAAACAGGAAGUGGCCGGAUCAGCGUCUCCGCGCUGCUAAGCUAGCGCCGCUAGCCUCCGAGGCUCCACCACCAGGAGUUACUAUGAUUUGACACUUUAUUCUGUCUCAAGGACGAAGCGUCUCGACUCCGGGAGAAAAAACGGGAUAAAUUCUGCUAUAAAGAACAUGAAGCUAUGGAAGAGCGGAAGCUGAAGAGAAAGAUCCCCCGGUCCUCCACCAGCACGGCGGCUCCCCUCGGCGGCUCCGGCCGGAAGAACAGCACCACGUCCGGGGGGCGAAACGCGGGCUACAGCCACAACAUGGGGACGCAGUCCAGCCAGAAGAGCAAGACCCGGAGGGGGGUCAAAGACAAACCCAGAUCCCAGCCCGGUCCUGGAUCUAAACCGAACCAGAACCAGGCGGCUCCCAUCGUCCAGCACUCCUUCCUGACCGACGUGUCCGACGUGCAGGAGAUGGAGAACGGCCUGCUGAGCCUCCUCAACGACUUCCACUCAGGGAAACUGCAGGCGUUCGGCAACGAGUGCUCCAUCGACCAGAUGGAGCAGGUGAGGGAGAUGCAGGAGCGGCUGGCUCGCCUGCACUUCGACCUGUACGGCGAGGUGGACGAGAUGCCGGAGGAGCAGAGGAAGGGCGCCUCCGACACCAACAUGGACAAGUUACUGCUCAACCUCGAGGACCUCAGCACUUCCAUCCAGAAACUGAAUCUGGCCGACAGCCAGGAGGUCCCGAGGCCCGCCAACCCCUGACCCCUGACCCCUGACCUCUAACCCCCCCCCCCCCCACCCCCGCAGUAUUAAGAGCUCCUCACCAGCGAAUCACUGUCUGCAGGCCGGAGGCUUGUGGAGCCCAAUCCUGCCGCAAAUCCCCGAUUUGGGACGGAAAUGUCACUUUAAAUAAGAAAAAAACACAUUUUUCCUGCACAAAUCUGCCAAAUAUUGACUUUUUUUUAUAUUUUUCAAUACAGGAAGCAGUUCAAAUAUGAGUAAAUAUAAAUAUUUAUUAAUAAUUCCACACAGAAAUGAGCAUAAAUGUUGAUUAUAAUUGAAUAAAAUGUUAUAUUUAGGUUUAAAUCUGGAAAAAUGUUCAAUGUUUUUGACUUUUAUAGAUUAAAACAUGCAACAAACAUAUAUUUAAAGCUUUUAUGGUGCAUCUUUGGGCAUUUAAAUAAAAAAUAUUACAUUUUUCUUGCAAGAAAACAGUUUGAAUCAAUGUAAAUGUUUAUUUGAAUGCAUAAAGCAGUUUAAAUAGAAUAAAACGGUUAAAAAUUGAACAGAAAUUAGUUAAAAAAUGAAUUUAAUGCAUUAUUUUCAUUUGAUUUAGAGCUAUGUCACUUUUAAAUAUUAAUUUUUGAAUCAAAAUCCUGUAAAUUCCUGAAUAUUUUAAUAUUUUCUGCAUAUUGAUGUUAUUUUAGAAAGGAAUGCAGGAAAUAAAACACAAUCUCAGUUUUUUAAGCUGCUUUUUUGGCAUUUAAAUUAAAAUAUUGCAUAAAGUUUAUCGAGAAACAUAAGAAAAGUAGUUUAAAUAUAGAAUUUAGUGACUAAAUAAUGAUUCCACACAGAAAAGUGAGCAUAAAUAUUAAAUAUAAUGCAUUAUUACAUAUUUAAAUAUUUUUUACACUUAAAUUCUGAACAUUUGUUCAUUUUUUUUGCAGAAUUUGAUCUUAUUUCCCAGAUUUAUGCAGGAAAAAUCAACAAAAAACUUGAUUUUCUUGCAGGAAUUUAUCAAAAAUAAUUCAAAAUCUUAAUAAUCUUUAAUCGUAGCUGCAGAAACUGUUUGCAGUUCAGAGCUUUAACAAGAAAUCAUCCAAAAAAAUGAGUUUUUUCAGUAAAAACAGCGACGUAUCGUCGGUAUAUUUGCACAUAUCUGCAGAAAACGUUGCACAUUAAACAGCCCGAACGUCAUGCCUUAACUUUUAUUUUCAUGCAUAUUUUGAUUUUAGAGAUAUUUAAUAUAAUGAGAUCAUUUCUGAAUGUUUGAUUUUUUCGGUGAUUGUAUUUCUCCUUAACUCAAUAAACGUGUGAAAGUUUCGACUC